CUAAUGCCGUUCAUGACAUUAGAACUUGUGGUGAAGUCGGUGUUUCCCUGCCCUAGUUCACAACAACUUGUGAAACGCGUUCAUCUGGUCGGUGAACUCUAGUAGAAUUUUCUUCGAUUCGCAUACAGUACCGAUCACGGGCAGGACGUGGACCGUGCCCGCGGGCAAACUGCAGGAUGUGGUCGCGGGUAAAAUCAGCCAGCGGACUGUAGGCUAGAUUUUCUUCGACUUUUUACCAGGCAUGCUUUGUUGUUGGUUGCACCAUGGAGCCAUCCUUGGUAGUGAAUGUUGCCAGUGAGUGCGGGUACACCCACAGUCAUUAUGAAGCAUUGUCUCAGUUAAGUCAAGCUAGAGAAAUCAAGCACCAUCUGAAUAUAUUAGCCUUCCCAUGUAAUCAGUUUGGAGCUCAAGAACCAGGUACCAAUGCUGAAAUCGUCAAAUUUGCCAAAGAUACAUACAAUUGCAAUUUUCCGAUCUUCUCAAAAAUUGACGUCAUUGGACAAAAUGCACAUCCUGCAUACCAGUACUUAACAAAAAAUAGUGGAAUGCUACCUAAUUGGAACUUCUGGAAGUAUCUAGUUGAUCAAGAUGGACAUGUAGUGAAUGCUUGGGGACCGCAGACAAGUGUUCAUGAUUUGUGGAAUGACCUAGUCUCAAUUGCAACAAGGCGUGCUCCUCGAGAAGAUCUUUGAUAAGAACACUGCUUCUAUCAAAAUAGACACAAUUGGUGCUGAAAACAUCUUAUCUAUACUUAAGAUAUGGCAAAUGACAUUAUUAUUAUAUAUUGACUGCUCAUGAGAGGAACAGUGAAAUCUAACCGUCCCAUUACCAUUACACUGUUUGCAUUCACCAAUAAAUUUUAUUUUUAUUUUCUCCUCCGUCUGGAUACUUUUGCGAAAACUAUUUGCUAAAUAAGAAAUAAAAAGUUGAUUUUUUUUCAACCCCCCGCUGACGAUCUUUAAAAAAAUAAGAAGAACAAGGUAUAAAUAAGUCUCACCUUUAUUUGUGUAUUAGUUUAUUUGAACCAUAGAGUACAACGCAAGUGUCGUCACAACACCAGGUGGCGCCCUUUGUUGUCAACCAGACAUUGGUAAAGCGGUCCAUUAUGGCUUAAUGACUUCACAAUCUUAAUGGUUUCGAAUAGGCUUUCUGGAAUAGGCAUUUUAGAACCUAAUAAUUUAUCAUCCAAAUGUACUAAAAACACAAAAGCUCGCAUUAUAGUUAUCGAACACAUAUUUAAUCAUCAAUUAAAAUUUACGAAGAAAAAUUAAGAUUCAUAAUAAUUAUGUUAGAAAUUGGGAUCAAUGGUUUGUCAGUGGAAACAAUAGAGCCAGUUGACCGCAUUUUGGGUUGCUGAUAGCAACGGAAUAGUAUCACAUGGUAUCGUGACGUACCAACGUAGUACUCUAUAUUUAUUGUGUGUGAACCAUUCAACAACUGCUGAUAUUUUGGGAUAUAUUCAGCAUCUUUGAUGAUAGGGAAGUUGCUUGAGAUUUCAUCAAUUGACUGUCUUCCAAGGGUACAUGGUGCUAUUAUACAGAUGUUCGUCGGAAGUAUCUAAUGGUAACAUCUCUUAUAAGAUUAUUGUAAUCUCUGGUGCUAUAUUUCUGAAGUCAUUACGUGCCAACUCAAAAAUAGGAUGGCUGGCUAUCCUUUUAGAUUUACUUGAAACUUAAAAUAUAUAUUAUUAUUUCUAUGAACACACCAAAAAUAUUACUUGCCAAAUCAAUGAUUUACUGCCAUUUCAAAUCAUGUUUUUUGCCUUGAACUGUUAAAUCACAUUUUAAAAUGGUUAAUGAACCAUACUGUAUCUUGGAAGAGGAGUACAUUCUGUCGGGAAUAAAUGAAAUUUAAAAAAAAUAUAUUUUUACAUGUUUGUUCGUUUAGCCACCAUAUCGUCUUCAUUGAACUAUUUGUGUGCUGUUAUCCGACAACCAUAUAUGUUACUUUUCACACUGAACUAAGCCCAUGAAGCAACAGAUAUUCUUCACAGUCAAUUAAUUACGUUGAAACAUUUAUUGGAACGCAAUAAAACAAAACAGCAUUUUGACACUAAUAUUUUUUAUGUUUUGAAAAGAGAAAAAAAAAGAAUACAAAUUUCCCCUACCCUCCUCUUUUGAAAAAGUCUGGAUCUGCCCCUUAGACUAGAGUAAUUUAAAGUGAUUUACAUUCUACUUUGACAAAUGCUAUUUUGGAUACCCUCAUGAUGCUUGGAAUCGUAAUCGGGGAAGCAGCCUUGUGGCGAAAUUUCCAAAAUAUAGAAUUUCAGUUUGAAUUAUAAGCUUGUACUGUGACGUUCCCGGUGACAUUUGUUUCUUAAAUUUAUAGUAGCAUAAUAACACAAAUUGGUGGCCUUACAAUUUACAGUAAGCAUAAUUUUUAUUUGUAAAUUUGUUGUUAAUAAUUCACAAUUACAUGUAUAUGGAUUAUGAAAAACCUGGAUUCCAGCAUGACAAGGAUAGUUUUGUAUUGUAAUACGGUAUUUUUUAAUACCUGUAAUAUAAAAAUAAAAAUCGGAUGUGAAAA